UUCCUUUUCUGCUGAGCCAAGCGGGCGUUCCAUUCCCACCAUGAAGCUUCUGAAUGCUGCCGGAUUCCUUAUUCUCAUGCCCACUUUGAUGCUAGCUCUGGACCCCCUAAGCACCUCGAUCUUCAUGGGAGGGGCUGCUGUUGCUUGGCAGCUCCUCUCCCCUUACUCUUGGCUCAAGUGCAGUUUCCUGGAGUGCUGCAAUAUGAAGGACACACUAAACUUCUCAGUUUUGAAGAUGGAUUUGGAGCGGAAAGUCUUUGGCCAGCAUCUUGCUGUCCAAACAGUUCUGAGAGCUCUGAGCACAAAUGUUUAUUCCAAACGGCCCAAGAAGCCUCUGGUGAUGUCCUUCCAUGGCUGGACAGGAACGGGCAAAUCAUUUGUCAGCAGUAUCAUUGCAGAGAACCUCUAUCAGCUUCAUAUACCAAGGAGGAGGUUUGUGCACCACUUCAGCACAGUACUGCAUUUCCCACAUGCUUCACAUGUCCAUCUGUAUAAGGAGCGGCUGCAGAAUUGGAUCCGGGGGAAUGUCAGUGCCUGUCCAAGGUCCCUUUUUAUCUUCUCUGAAAUGGAUCAGAUGCCACAUGGCCUGAUAGACUCUAUCAUGCCAUUCCUUGGCUACCGUGAAGAGAUUGACGGUGUUUAUUAUGGCAAGGCAAUCUUCCUCUUCCUGAACAAUGCCGGAGGAGAUAAGAUAACAGAGAUUGCUCUUGAUCACUGGAGAAGGCAGAAGAGAAGAGAAGAAAUUCCUCUAAAGGAGUUGCAGUCUCUGAUGUCUGAGGAAAUUUUCAGCAACUUGAACAGUGGUUUCUUCCGCAGUCAACUGAUCCAGAAGAACCUGAUUGACUAUUUCAUUCCUUUCCUACCUCUUGAAUAUAAACAUGUGAGAGAGUGUGUCCGGGAGGAGCUCCGCUCGCAAGGCCACCUCGAGGAUGAAGACCUCAUGACAGAGAUUGCCUUGGCAAUGACUGACUACCCCAGUGAAGAAAGACUCUACUCCAGCAAAGGCUGCAAGACUGUGGCCUCCAGAGUGACUCUGAGCACCUAGACAUUACAAAGCCAAAUGCCUUGUGUUCUUGCUACAAGAAUACAGCAGAUGGAAGAAACAAUAACUGCCUUCCCCUCCCUGAAGCCCAAUCUACACAUUCUUCCUUGAAGAUAUCUGGGCUCUUGCAUACCAGAGGCAGUCUUAUGCAAAAGCCCUUAAAUAAAUACAUAGGACAAUGUGACAGUCAUGGUAUAGAGUAAGCAGAAGAGGAACAUAUGUGGGUGAUGAGAUUUGCUCUUCUUGCCCCAGAAAUACUCCCAAACAAAAGUAUUUUAAAGGGUACAACCUCCCACUUCUGUUGCAAGACUGUUUGUACCUUAAGUCCUAGC